AUGAACUACACUGAGGUCGAAUCGAAAGUACGCGAAGCGACGAACGACGAUCCAUGGGGUCCGACGGGCCCGUUGAUGGCGGAAAUCGCACAGUCGACCAAUGCCUACGACCAGUUUCCCGAGGUGAUGUCUAUGCUGUGGAAGCGUAUGCUGCUGGACAGCAAGAAAAAUUGGGUCAGAGUUUAUAAGUCGUUAAUUCUUCUCGAAUACCUGAUCAAGAGCGCAUCUGAAAGAGUGAUAACCAAUGCCAGGGAACAUCUGUUCGAUCUGCGCCUUUUGGAGAACUACCAAUACUUCGACGAGAAAGGCAAAGAUCAAGGAUAUCGAGGUACUUCUGCUUUUGUAAUUGUCUUUUUCUAGAA